AUGACUGAACUUCAUGGACAUUGCGACUCCGCAUUCAACGCGGUGCGUGCGUUGUUUCGUGAACGACUCGAGAGCGGGGCAGAGAUCGGUGCAUCACUGUGCAUCAACAUUGACGGGAAGAAUGUACUUGAUCUAUGGGGCGGCUUCGCAAACGAGGCCCGCACACGACCGUGGGAACGAGACACCGUAACCGGUGUGUGGUCCUCUUCAAAGGUCGUUACGUGUCUGGCCGUCAAUAUACUCGCGGAUCGAGGGCUUCUUGAUGUCAAUGAGAAAGUGUCUACUUAUUGGCCCGAGUUCGCUGCGAAUGGCAAGGAGAAUGUCAAAGUGUCUCAUAUCCUCAGCCACACGGCCGGUGUUCCCGCAUGGGCUCCCGGAAUCACGCUCGAGGAGAUCCUGGAUGUCGAGGGAGCCACCAAGAAGCUGGCCGAAUUGGCCCCGAUGUGGACUCCGGGAGAGUUCAGUGGCUAUCACCUCGUCUCGCAGGGUCACCUGUUGGGUGAGAUUGUGAGACGAGUGAGCGGCAAGUCGCUCACGCAGUUCAUCGCCGACGAGAUCGCCGGUCCCUUGGGUGCAGACUAUCAUCUCGGGUUGCCCGAAGCUGAUUGGCCUCGGGCUGCGGACUUGAUCCCUCCCACUGAAAGCCGGAUGCCCCAAAUUGAUCCCGCCAGUAUCGCUGCCAGGGCGUUCGCAGGCACACCCAUGGGUGCGGCCUUUGCCAACUCACCCAAUACUCCCGAAUUUAGGAAACAGGAACUUGGGGCCAUUGGUGGAUUCACCAAUGGUCGCGCUUUGGCCCGCAUCGGAGCAAUGGUGUCGUGCAAAGGUACCGUGGAUGGGAAACAGAUCUUGUCCCCUGGGGCGAUUUCAAGUAUGCUACAGGAGCAGGCUGCUGGUACCGAUGCUGUUUUGAUGACUUAUCUGCGCUUUGGUCUCGGGGUUGGCCUGCCAGUUCCCCAGAGCUUACCUGUCAUCCCAGAAGGAAACAUUUGCUUCUGGGGAGGCUGGGGUGGUUCAUUGAUUUUGAUGGAUCUCGACCGUCGGAUGACCAUUGGGUACGCGAUGAAUAAGAUGUAUCCAACUGUGGUGGGAUCGGAGGAGACGACCCAUCGAUACAUCAAGGCAAUUUACGAAGCUGUGAAUCAAGCCAAGUUGUAG